CCCGGCUGACCUGCGACUUACGAAUGAUCAUGGGCGAUCCAAAUAUUCUGUCCCUCUUUAUAAAGGAGGCCUGCAUUUCUUGGCUCUUACAUCCACCAUCUAUCCAUCGGACGCCAUGGCCCCCGUCGCAAACGGCACUCUUCACUCCAACGGCGUUCGCGCGAAUGGCGCGCACUCGAACGGCACCCAUGUCGUCCACAAGCACCCCCACGCCCAGCUGGGUUUUGGGACGCGCGCCAUCCACGUAGGCUCGGAGGCGAACGCAGAGACGGGCGCGGUUAUCCCGCCCAUAUCGUUAUCGACGACCUACAAGCAGCACGGGAUCGGUAACCACAAGGGUUUCGAGUACUCGCGUAGCGGGAACCCCAACAGAAACGCUCUAGAAGAGACCCUUGCGUCUAUAGAAGCGGGCGGGGACCAGGCGAUCGCCUUGUCUUCUGGGUCUGCGACGACCGCAACCGUUAUCUCAUCCCUCGGCCCCAAUGCCCACAUCAUCAGCGUGAACGAUGUGUAUGGCGGCACCUUCCGCUACAUGAAGCGCGUUGCGUCUGAGAAUCAGGGUUUGGAGACCACCUUUAUCGACCUCGAGACCGCAGAUGAGGACAUAAUCACCGCGGCCAUCAGAGAUGAGACCAAGCUGAUCUGGAUUGAAACGCCCACAAACCCCACCCUACGUCUUGUAGACAUCGCCCGCAUUGCUUCGGUCGCACAUGCCCAUGCCGCCAACCCCAUUGUCCUCGUCGACAAUACCUUCCUAUCCCCCUUCUACCAAUCCCCCCUCCUGCUUGGUGCCGACCUUGUUAUGCACAGCAUCACGAAGUACAUCAACGGCCACUCUGACGUCGUCAUGGGCUGCCUCGUCCUUCCCUCCGGUACGCGGCACGCUCAGCUCGCCGACCGCUUGCGCUUCCUGCAAAACGCUAUCGGCGCUGUCCCGAGCGCGUACGAUUGCUGGCUGGCGCAGCGCGGGAUCAAGACCCUGCACCUGCGCAUGAAGGCCCACGGUGUGAAUGCCCUCGCUGUGGCGCGCGCGCUGCAGCGCUCUCCGCAUGUCGAGGACGUCAUCUACCCUGGCUUGGCCAACCACCCGCGCAACGAGCUCGCCUACCGUGGCCUUGCACCGCAUGCACGCGCCUUCGUCGAUGCGAACCGUACCGAGGAUGGCUUCCCCUACGGCGGGAUGAUCUCUUUCAGGAUACGCGGUGGCCAACAGGAGGCGGACAAGUUCCUCACGUCCUCGAAGCUCUUUACGCUGGCGGAGAGCUUGGGUGGUGUCGAGUCUCUCGCUGAGCACCCUGCUCUCAUGACGCACGGUAGCAUCCCCGAAGCGGAACGUGCUGCUCUCGGGAUCUCGGAUAACUUCAUUAGAUUGAGCGUGGGUGUCGAGGAGACAGACGAUUUGGUUUACGACGUAGAGCAGGCUUUGGAGGCCGCCACUAGCGGACUAUGAGGCUGCAAGCACACGUAAUUUAUACCUGUAUUACUGUAUUUAUUACUAGACUGCAUCGGGAGAGGCAAUAUUCGCUCGUACGCACAUCGUACGCCUCUGUACCUUACCAUCAGUAAUAGUAUUCCAAUCUAUCUCGCUCUCACUGCUGAAAAGCCCGC